UCUUUCUAGUCUUUAGGCCUUGCUUCGCUGUUUCAUCCAAAAACACAGAAAUGGAUGUGCUAUAUCAUGAGCAUGGUUAUGGAGGAGGUACUUUUGAAGCCCUAAAUGGUAGGAUCUACGGCAAUGGCACUGAAACCCUGGUCCUGGCUCAUGGUUAUGGUGCAGACCAGAGCGUGUGGCACCACCUGAUACCUUAUCUUGCUUGUUACUUCAAGGUGGUGGUUUUUGACUUGGUUUUCUCUGCAAAUGUUAGCCCAGGCCUUUAUAAUCCAAAGAAAUACUCGAGUUUCAAAGGGUAUGCAAGUGACAUGGUGAACCUUCUUGAUGAACUGAGAGUGAACGAGACAAUCUUCGUAGGCCAUUCCAUGUCUGCCAUGAUCGGAUGCGUUGCUUCAAUUAAGCGUCCUGAACUCUUCCGGCACCUUGUUUUACUCGGUGGCUCUCCGAGGUACCUUGAUGAAAAAGGAUACAAUGGGGGCUUUACGAGAUCAGAGAUCAACGCUAUCUUUAAGCACAUGCAUCAGAAUUACACGAGCUGGGUUCAAGCUUUUGCUCCGACAGCUAUUGGUAUGAACAACACUAGAGCAACAACAGAGUUCAAAAACAGCCUGAGGAGAAUGAAACCCAGGAUUGCGCUCAGUGUGGCUAAAACAGUGUUUUUAAGUGAUUGGAGAAGCAUUCUUCCAGAAGUUUUGGUGCCUUGCACUAUAAUCCAGUCCAAAAGAGAUCCUAUAGUUCCAAACUCCGUGGCCUAUUACAUGAAGAGAAAUCUUAACGGCCAUGCCAGGGUUAAAAUACUGGACACUGGAGGCCAUUUUCCUCAGCUUACAGCUUACAAUUUGCUAAUGAAAGUUCUGAAAAGAUUUCUUUUGAACAACUAGCUAAGAACUCUGGUUUUGUAGGGAAUAAAAAACAGCUUUCGAUUAAUUUUAAAUAAAAAACAUUUGCUAGAAACAAUUCCAGAGAU